AUGGCUGGUUUAGCAAAAACAUUCAAUGGUCGUGUUUUGAAUAAAUCAGAUGAGAAAAUCAAUCUGACGGAUCGAAAAUAUCAAGGCAAAAUCUUUGGUCUGUACUUUGGUGCUUCUUGGUGUCAACCUUGUCGCGCAUUUAGUUCAUUUCUGAGUGAAAUUUAUGAUGAAUUUCACAAAGAAAAACGAUUUCAAAUCAUUUACGUCAGUGCAGAUGCUGAUGAACAAUCAUACAAGCAAUAUUGUAAGACAAUGCCUUGGUUAGCCGUGGAUUUUAGAGAUCAAAAGCUACGAGAUGAUCUAGCUAUGAAAUAUAGUGUAACCGAUGUCCCGAAGUUGGUUUUACUCGAUGGCGAUACAGGCAAAACUCUUUGUACAAACGCAAAAGAACAAAUUCUGUAUUUGGAUACAGAAGGUGUCAAUUUUCCAUGGAGAUCAUCCUAA